UAUUGUUAUAUGUGUUUACUGUUUUAAAAUUUUGAUUGUUUAUUAUAUUUAAUAAUUUAUUCAUCAACCAUUAUUCAUCACUAAUAAUUAUACAUAAAGAACAAUGUUUAAUUGCCAAGUUUGUGAUGCUAAAUAUAAUUCGGUGUCUGGUUUAAAUAAGCAUUUAAGAACAAAACAUAAAGAUACACCGAAAAUUAAAAAAAAUGUAUACUAUUGUAAUGACUGUGAUGGAUCAUUUGAUUUAAAGUCCAAUAUGAUUAAACACACGAAGACUCAUUUAUAUGGUCAGCAUAGCAAUAUGUUAUGUUCCUAUACAAAUUGCACAAAAUCAUUUGCAUCUAUAGCAGGAUUAAUUGUACACUUAAAAUCUCAUAACAUUAAUGUUGAGUCAACAUUGUUAAAUUUUAAUUCUAUAGAAGGUACAUCAAUUUAUAAUUACAUUAUAAUAUAUCUCUUAACAAUCACUACUAACUUAUUGUGUUUCAGUGAUUAAGUUUAAAGUGUUUGUUUUUACAAAAUUCAAUUCAAAACAAACAACAAAAAAUCUGUUACAAUGACCCACUUGUAACCUCCUACUGUACAUCAGGGCGUCACUAACUUACAAUAUUCUUUCUUUUUUUUUUCAUAUUUAAGUUGAGAUAUUAAUAUUAAAAUGGUGGUGGUUGUGAAUAAUAUUGUAAUAUUCUCAUCUGGAACUUUUUUUCUGAAUACCUUUACUGUGGACAUGUAUGAAUUUUAAUUACAGAUCUUCAUUUACCAAGUCUGUCCGUCACUAUAGCCUAUAGGGAAGUAUGGUUCCUUAUAAAAUGUUCAGUAUUAAUAUUGUUUAAGUGUUAUAGGUGAUUUAAAAAAGGUUAACAUUUCCUGUGAUUUGGCUGAAAGUAUUGGUUUUUACUGUUGAUGUUACUGUGGACAUAUUUUAACAAAUGGAAAAAAAAUAUAGAAGACAAACAAGAGUGCCAGUAUGUCAAGUUGUCAUCAAAAAAAAAAACUUUAAGUAAAGAGUAUGUAUACUAUUUUUGCCACAGAUCAUUUGAACCAAGAACUUCAAAUAAAGGAUACAGAUGUACAAAAAGUGGUGGUUCCGUGAAAACUGGCCAUGUUUGCCCUUCUAACAUGAAAGUACAUAUACACAAUAAAGAAAUUAAUGUUCGAUAUUAUAGUACACACUUAUGGCAUACGAAGGAUAUAGGAAAACUAAGAUUGUGUGAUGAAGAUAGAAGUAAAAUUGCUGGAAAGUUAUCUUUGGGUGUACCAGUCAACAGAAUUUUGCAAGAUGUUAGAUCAUCAAAUGUUGAGAUGGAUAGUAUUAAAAGAAUUCAUUUGCUAGAAAAAAAAGAUAUACACAAUAUUAAGCGUGACUUUAAUAUUUCAUAUUCAACAAAAAAACACCAAAAUGAUGCAAUAAGUGUAGAUCUUUGGGUAAAAGAAAUGAUGAAAAAAGGUGAUGAAAGUCCAGUUUUAUAUUAUAAGCAACAAGGAAUUAAUGAUAAUUGUGUUCCAUGCUUCACUAAAAAUGAUUUUUGUCUUGUAAUAAUGACUCAAUUUCAAUCUGAAUUAUUAUUAAAAUUUGGAAAAGACAAAGUAUGUUUAGAUGGUACACAUGGACUAAAUGGGUAUAACUUCCAACUGUACACUGUAGUUGUUGUAGAUGAAUACGGAAAUGGAUAUCCCGUAGCCUUUUGUUUUUCCAAUCGAUCCGAUACUACUGUGUACAGACAUUUUUUUCAGUGUAUCAAAAAGAUAACUGGUAAUAUUAAUGCAAAUAUUUUUAUGUUCGAUGACGAACCGGCAGGCAAACAGCUAUUGUGUACUUGGCACGUAUUAAGGAAUUGGGCAAAAAAUUUAAGAAAAAUUCACUCGAAUGAAAAACAAAAUAUUGUAUUCAAAACUUUAAAGGCUUUACUAUAUGAGACAGACGAAAACAAUUUUUUGAUUGAGUUGCAACAUGUAUUAGAUGAUCUUCUAAAUGAUGAAGAUACAAGAGACUUCGGAAAUUACUUUAAGACUACAUAUUCAUACAGGGCAGAAAAGUGGGCCUAUUUUAAUAGAAAAUAUGUUGGUAUUAAUACUAACAUGUACCUUGAAGCACUUCAUAAGUCUAUAAAGUAUUGUUAUUUAGAAGGAAAAAGCUGCAAACGUUUGGAUUUAUCGAUUAAUGCUCUAAUGUCUUUGGUGAGAGACAAAAGUUUUGAACGAAUCAUUAAAAUUUCCAAACAAAAAAUGUCUUCUAAACUGACACAAAUUAUUGCAGCUCACAAUAAAAGUGAAAAAAUUACACCGGAUAUGGUUGUUCAAGUUGAUGGUAAUUGGUUGGUUAAUUCUGAGGCAGACAUACAUAUUCAAUAUAGAGUCGAAAAAACAACAUUAUCAUGUGAUGAUUGUGUAUUACGUUGUAAUGUGUGUAGAAUAUGUGUACACACUUAUAAAUGUACUUGCAUGAAUAAUGUUAUUUAUUUUAACAUUUGUAAGCAUAUUCAUGCAUGUGCUAAACGACAGACCAUCAUAACAGAUAUAGAAACAGUACAAAAUGAAAACCAAUCUUUUCCAUCACCAUGUGAUUUAGCUGUCGAUAAUGGAUUUUUAAGAGAACAAGGACAAGAACAAUUGUUGAACAAAAAUAUAAAGAAAAAUAACGAAGAAAUUAAACACAAACUAGAAAUGAUACUUGGUAUUCAUAGUCGAGCAAAUAUGAAUGAAGAAGAUCAAAUGUAUAUAAUUAAACAGUGUGAUAAUAUAUUGACAACAUUAGGAAAAGAAAUAGAUUUUAAGAAAACAUCAAACUUACAAUUGGCUAAGAAAAGAAAAAUUGAACCCCAAGCAAGAUUUUUUUCAAAAAAAAAAGUACCAAGUCAACAUCCAACUCUAUCAUCAAUUGAGGGUACACAAAUUAGGGAGUCAUUGAAAAAUUCAACUGAUGUUUUAAAUAUAAGUACUACACCAAUGUUUGAUCAUUCCUACUUAUAACCAAUAUUUAAUUUAAAUUUAAACAUUAGUUACUAUUUUAUUAUUUUAUUUAAAUUUUUUUAGUUAUUUUAACAUUAAUUAUUUUAUGAUGUAUCUAUAUUUGACAAAUUACCGUUAUGGCGUUAUGUUAUUAUUUGAUUUUAAUUUUUUUUGUAAUUAUUUUAAUUUAUUUAUAUGUCGAUAUAAUAUACAUUAUACAUAAAUCAACAUUUACUAUUUAUAUUAAGUGAUUUAUGAGAUAAGAUGAUAACGAUUCCAAUCAGACUAUACGAACGUAAGUCACUCUGGUGUAC